GGGAAGAAACAGUCAGUUCAGAUUUCAAAAUAAAUUCAACAGAAGGGUGGUACUGGUUGUAAGAACAAUUCAGUGCAAGCAUUCAUUCCAAGCCAGUUCGUCUUUAUUCUCCUGUUCUACUUUAUAUAAGUGCAUUUUACUUUCAGGUCACUUUUGAAAAAAGAGAAAGCAAUACAUUUUCAUGGAGAAAUGGAUUCAGAGCUCACGUGAUUUCAUUUUGUUAGGAUUAUUACCACAAAAUCACACAUGCCUACUGCUUUUACUGCUCAUCAUCUCCAUAUUCUCUGUGGCCUUGCUUGGCAACUCAGCAAUGAUCCACCUCAUUCGUGUGGAUCCCAAACUCCACACCCCCAUGUACUUUCUGCUCAGUCAGCUCUCUCUCAUGGACCUGAUGCAUAUCUCUACCACUGUUCCCGAGCUGGCAUUCAACUUCCUCUCUGGCCAGAAAAGCAUUACCUUACGGGGCUGUAGAGUGCAAUCCUUUUUCUUUCUGAACAUAGAAGGUUCUGAGGGCUUGUUCCUGGCCUCCAUUGCCUAUGACCAUUUCGUGGCCAUCUGCCACCCUCUUCAUUAUCCUAUUCGCAUUAGCAAAAUGAUGUGUCUGGAGACGAUCAUAGGAUCUUGGACACUGGGCUCCAUUAACUCCUUAUCACACACAGUCUAUCUCCUUCACAUUCCUUACUGCCAUUCUAGGUCCAUUAACCAUUUCUUCUGGGAUGUCCCUGCCAUGUUGCCCCUGGCCUGUAUGGACACUUGUGUUUUUGAGUACAUGGUAUUUGUGAGUACAAGCCUGUUUCUUCUCCUUCCUUUCCUUGGCAUCACAGCUUCCUGUGGAUGGGUCUUUUUUGCUGUCUUCCACAUGUGCUCAAAAGAAAGAAAGAAAAAGGCCUUCACUACAUGUUCAACUCACUUAACUGUGGUGACAUUUUACUAUGCACCUUUUGUCUACACUUACCUUCGUCCCAGGAGUCUCCGUUCCCCCACAGAAGAUAAGAUUCUGGCUGUCUUCUACACUAUCCUCACCCCUAUGCUCAACCCCAUCAUCUACAGCCUGAGGAAUAAGGAGGUCCUCGGGGCCAUGACAAGAGUCUCUGGGACAUUCUCUUCCACAAAAACUUUAUCAUUUCCUCUCUACUCAUAUUUCAGUCCCUAGAGAAUGACAGAAUAGUGUUGCCUAUUGGAAAUGUAAUGUGUCCCCCACACAUGUCAUACCUUUCUGGUGACUUAUUACUGGUUAAUAUUAAAUAGUAUGUUCAUUAUUACAUAGUAUAGCAAUUAUUCACAUGUUUAAAUCACAACAUUAUAGUCAGUUA